GGCACAGAUCCCACCUCCCUCCGCUCCACUCCACACCCUUUCUUUUUCUUUUUUCUGUAGAAAACACUCCUCUCCUUUUCUUUUCCUCUUCUAACAAAAUCUAUGGCGUCACCAACACUCCUAAGGACCCCUGGCUCCAAACCCACACCCCUCUCUGCCACCAGAUCCAAAGCCUUCAUUGUUGCCACCAGCAGUCCUCUCCCACCACCAGCACAGCAGCAGCCGUGUCGCCGCAACUUCUUGUCCUUGGCCACCGGCAUUCUCAUUCCAGCGUGGGUUGUCCCAGUGGUUCCAGCUCUUGCUGCAUCUGAUGAAGAGUAUGUGAAAGAGACAGGAGAAGUGAUCGACAAGAUCAGAAGCACAAUUAACAUGGAGAAGAACGACCCAAAUGUAGCUACUGCAGUGGCUGAGCUAAGAGAGACGUCCAAUUCUUGGGUGGCUAAGUAUAGAAGAGAGAAAACAUUGCUCGGACGCACUUCCUUUCGUGAUAUAUAUUCCGCACUGAAUGCUGUUUCUGGGCAUUACAUAAGCUUUGGACCUACAGCUCCGAUUCCAGCAAAGCGGAAAGCCAGGAUUCUUGAAGAGAUGGACAGUGCUGAGAAGGCAUUGUUGAGGGGCAGAUAAAUCUAAAAUAUGAUUUUUGUUUUCAGGGUUCUUCUUUUUUUUUAAAAAAAAAAAAAAUCAAAUUUCUUAUUCUAGUGAUUGCAUAUUAUUUUGGUGAAUCUAAAUUGCAUAAUGAGCUUCAAUUUGAAUCAAAACAAACCAUAUGUUUGUUUCA